AUGUCGGAUACAGAUUUAGGCAACGAGGCUGAGAACACAAAAAGCGUUUUAUACACUUUAGUAUCUGAUGGAGACUGGAUGUUUCAGAAAGGCGAGUACAAGAAAGCCAUAGAAAGCUACAUGAAGAUACUGUCGAUCAAGCCAGAGGACAGAAGUUGCUAUGUUGGUAUUUCUAAAUGCCACUUGCUGAUGGGUAACCCUGAACUGGCUCUGAGGGAAGCAGAGAAUUCACUUAUGGGAGAUAAGACAUAUUUUGAGGGGUUGUAUCAGAAAGCGGAGGCACUGUAUUACAUGGGAGAGUUUGAAUUUGCUAAAGUGUGUUACCACAGAGGGCUCAAGAUUCGACCCGAGAUCCAGGAGUUCAGAGUCGGCAUCCAGAAAGCUCAGGAGGCCAUAGAAAACGCAGCGGGAUCUCCAUCUUUAGUGAAACUUGAAAACAAAGGAGACCUCAGCUUUUUCCAAAAAGAUGAUGAGGUGAGGAGAAAGUACCCGGCGACAGCGAUUCAGCAAAUGAUGGUAGAAAAGAAACCACAAGCGACUGUGAAAAAAACGAAAAACGAGAAAAAAGACAAACAGGUUUUGGGAGAGUUUUAUACUGAUAAAAAAUACCUGGACGAUCUUCUAAAAGAUGAAGAUCUGAGGAAAGUCAUCACAAAGAAAGGAGGGAGUCUACAGGACGUGAUCAAAGGCUCCCUCAGUUACCUGGAGACGUGCAUCGAGUUUAGGAACAACGAGAAACCCAUCGUGGUGCAAAAGGCCGGAAAAGCCAAACAAAAACAGACUAAACCCAAGUUCAGCUCUGACCACGUGCAGGUUUUCAAGAAGCGCCUGGAGGAGAUCGAAUCAGAGUUGAUGUGUGGCAAUGCAAAAGCCAGUCUAAAACAGGCUGAAGAACUCAUGAAAUCUGUGGAGUCUUGGUCACCAAAAGACAAAUCAAACAGAAAUGAGUUUUUAGAAAUUCUUCACAGAUGCAUCGGAGACGCUCACUUCAAACUCGGCGACAUGGACAAAGCUUUGGAGCAUUACCGCAAAGAUCUGGAGCUGGUAAACAAAUGCAAACGUCAUGCAGACCGGUCAAGGGCGCUGGAUAACAUGGGACGUGUGCAUGCACAGAUGGGACAGUUGGAACAGGCUAUUGAGUGUCAGGAGAAGAGGAUUCCUUUGGUCCAUGACGCCAUGGAGAGGACCUGGCUGUUUUACGAGCUCGGCCGCUGGUACCUGGAGCUGAAUCGAUCUGAAGAAGCCCUAAAAUAUAGCCUCCGCUCGGUCACCGCAGCAGAAGACACUGGGGAUGUCCAAUGGCAGAUGAAUUCAAAUGUUUUAGUCGCGCAGUCUGAAAUGAAACUUGGCAAGUACGAGUCCUCUAUCUCCCAUUUUGAGAAAGCCCUAAGUCAUGCCAAAAAACAAGAGGAUGUCUCAGCUUUAAAUGCUAUUCAAGAGGCCCUGGAUGAAGCAAAACAACAUCUAACACAAAAUGAGGAUGUCUCUCUAUAAAGGUCAUUAAAGUAUUUAUAGUUGCUUUGUGUUGAAAUUGAAA